AUGAGUAACCCUGAACCACUCCCGUCUCUACCACCCUCACCGGUCGAAGAGGAUCUCAGCAGAGCCCGCCCGUGGGAGGACGAAGAAACAUCCAUGGUACACUCCAGCAGCAGUGACGCUGUGAGAAGGGGAAAGGAGAGGGAGGUCGAGGUCGAACCAGCACCAGAGACACUAUACGCGAACGAGGGAGAGGAUGCGUUUUCCGAAGGGGCAUCUACCUCCGUGGACGAGUAUCCACCAGUGAACGACGAAGAAGCAGAAUCACGAAGAGUUGAAGAGAAUCUACGACUGUGGGAAAUGGCCGAACGUCAACGGCGGAAAGCUGCGCGCGAGAACACCAAUGCGGCGUCAUCAAGCGGUACCACGCUAGUAGGCGACAUCACCCGGAAAGCAAGUCUGCUCUGGCCAAGCAGGAGAAUGACACAAGCUUCCAUGGCCCUCGGAGCGCACCGUGAGCUGCGAACGACGGACGACGGCGUCCCAUUAGACGACAUUGAAGCCAGCCCAAGCCCGGGAACGUCUACCCGCACGUCUUUUGAGCUUGUGGAAAAUCCCUUCAUAACCCCCGCCGCCUCUACCACCUCGCUCAACGAGCCCACACAAUCCGCAAUCAUGACCGAAUCUACGUCCGUUUCGCCCCUCCACGGCGAGCAAGGCGGUGUCUCGGCAACACCCGCCCCCGAACACCCAACGUUGCAAGCGUUGUCUUCCACGAGAAAGCCUCCGCCGCCGCAAUCAUUGAAUCUACCCCGUCCGCGUACGCCACCACCGCCAAAUUCACCACCUCACGCAAACCGGCCGCCCGAACCUACUCUUACGCCAACAUUGACCCCACCCCCGACAGUGCAAGAAGAUGAACCGCCAGUGCGGUGGUGGACGGAAUGGCUUUGCGGGUGUAGCGAGGGCUCAGACCGAGGUGGUGAGCACCAGGCUGGUCGCACAAAUCCCUUCGAGUGA